UAGGGCUUGGUGCUCGCUACAUUUAUUGAACACAAGUCUGUUGUGCAUUGUAUUAUACCUAAUUUAACCAAGAACGUAGAACGAAGAAAAACGGAAUGUGCCUUUAACUGUGUGAGAUGUAAAAUUACUAUAAAUAUAAAAUGUCUAGUGCACUAAGCGUCAAAGUACAUAAACGAAAUGAAUUGGAAAAAUAGGUAACUGUCUGGUAUGUGACGUCAUGUGACACUCAAUGAAGUUUUAGCUGAGACCUUCGCCCACAACUGAACUGUGUUUUAUAUGGUGGUCAUGGCAACUGAAAAAUUACAAACUAUUUUCGGCUUGCAAUUUACUUGGCCCAAAUGUAUAUACCAGAAAGGAAAAUUGACUGCCAGACAAAUAGCUAUAAUUGCUUCCACAAUAGUUUAUGCCUGUACGAUUUCUGUAAUAAAAAAUGUUUUCUUUAUGAAACAAUGAUUUUAUCAACAAAGUGAUAAUUGUUCUCAGUUUAAUCGAAUUAAAGAUGGUGGAUUUGAAAAAACUACAUAAAAUAUGCAAAAAUAGAAACUUGAAAACUUUUUAAAAACUAUAUGAAUUCCACAUUUGCUACUGAAAAGACUGACUUAGGAAUUAUCUUUAAGAAAUGCAAUUAGUGAUUAUCUAUAAAUCUUAGUAAGCCACGCUCAGGAUACCCACAUUAUAAGUUAUUGCAAGACAACUAUAAAAAUUAUAACAAAAGUGAAGAAUUAUGUGAAACUAAUAAUCCUAUAAGAAAUAUAUCAAUGAAGUUGUUAUCUCUGAACUCGUGUAAAAUGUAAUCACAGUGAAGAUUUAGCACCUGUUGAAGACAUCCGUUAGGACGUUGAGUUACUACAUGGAGAGAAUGAAAUCCAAUCAAGGAGUUUUUGCGAAUGACUUGAAAGUAUUAAUUUGGAAGAACAAUUGAAGUAGAAAUUAGCUUCAAUCAAAAUUAGCGAUGAAAUGGUUUAAUUAAAGGACUCUAAAACUCAUCUAAAUGAAGCAGUUUUUUUAAAUUGAACAGAAAUGAACCAAAAACUGCCCGACAAGCAAAACGUUGGGGACACACCCAACAACUGCGAUGCUAAAAAUGCCAAAGAUAAUAGUAAGAUUUAUAAGUAUUUUAGUAACUCUGCUCAGCAUUAUUAUCGACGUGGAUAUCAACUACCUAACAAAUAUGAAUUACAAACAGAAACUCCAAGUAUCAGUAACACUGAAAGUGAGUGCCUUUUUCCAAGUGAUAAACUUUGUCCCAAAUGCAAUGUCCGACUAAAAUGCUAUGAAGAUUUCUGUAUACGUUGUCAACUGGAGUUCUUUUUCAAAAUCAGCGAGAAGCAAAAACUAAAGUGGAACAAUUUAUUCAAAAAUAAAAGAUACACCAACUUUCCAAGAGAGUCCAAUAGCUAUUCCCUGGUAUGCAGUAAUUGCGAAAGAUUGUACACUUUAUGCCCAGUUUGCUUAGCUAAAAAUAAUGUCUGUCAUGACUGCCAUCAGAAGCGGAACGUCUGUAUGAAUUGCAGACGGGUUCUAUGUAUUUAUUGUCUGGACAAAAGCGCUGUCUACGGAAACAACAAUGUUACGCAAAGUAAUAAAUAUGAAGAAUUUAAACAGGCGGGUGUAAAUAAAUUCAAAUUAGAACCACAAAGCUCCUUUAAACUACUAGAUUUGGAGUAUGAGGCAUUAAGCAGUAACGAAGCAGAAUAUGACUUUUCGCAACCGACACCCUCAAUAGAUAUUAAAAGUAACAGAAAAUCUUCUACAUACUCUCCUUUUUCACUGAAUAUGGAUUGCAGUUCUAUUUACCCUUAUAAUCAGGAAGGUCAACUAAAACAAACAAGUUCUAUUAAACCGCUACCGAUUAUUAUGAAUAGAAACUAUUCUAAACUUCCUAGUUCUGAUGACUAUAUUGAGGGAUUGUGUAACGAGACUCAUAAAUCCCUAGCACAUUAUCAUAAAAGUAAAGGAAAUUUAGAACGACUGUAUUCUCAGAAAAAGAUCGAAUCCAAUAACCGCAGCACACAAACUACGCCUGAGUCAAGAGCUCGACGCGAUGUAGUCCUACAUGAGGAAUUUAAUAUAUCAAUGCCGCUGAUACGGGAGAUGCCCAAAACCACGCGUAGAAAUUACAAACUAAAAAGAUCAAUAAGUUUGCAGCGUAAAAUGGAUAAUAUGAUACGUAAAUUAGAUAUAAGUAAAUAAAAUUGAUUUUACUGGUUAGAAUAUCAAUAAUAAAGUUUUUAAUGAAAACUUUUUUGGCCGAAUGGAAUAGUUCUCACGAAUUUACUGUAAGUGAGUACUUGAAAUUGAUAUUCCUUCAACUUUGCUCUUUAAUAUUCGGUGCUUUCAAUUCGAGUUUGUUUAAAAUGUGUAUAAAAUUUGUA